UCUCAACAGUUUGGUAUUUGACAUACACAUUCAACCAUGCUGAAAGCAGCGGCAGCACAGGUAGCGGCGCGGCAGGCAGGCAGUCGGGUGUUUGGCGAGCUGCAGUCGCUGGACGGUAUUCUGGCAGUCAACAAACCGUCAGGCAUCAGCUGCUCAGGCUUGCUCGACUACUUCAAGCGCAAUAUUGGGCGCGGACACCUGGCAGCGCCAUUCAGGGAUCAUUUCGAGCACGAGCGGGAGCUGCGCAAAUCGGGAAAGAAGAUCCGGCGACGCAUGGACAAAUCGGACAGCGGGAAAUCGUAUCUGGCCAUGGGGCGGCUGGGCGUGGCGACGGAUUCGUAUGAUGCCGAGGGCAGGGUGACGAAGAUCGCGCCAACCGAGGGAAUCACAGCACACGGCAUGGAGGAGCUGCUGGCAGAGUUUACCGGCGAGAUCAUGCAGCGGCCGCCAAUUUACUCUGCUAUCCGCGUCGAUGGCAUGCGGCUAUACCAGUAUGCCCGCGCAGGAAACAAGGUGAACGUCAAAAACAUCCGGCUAUUGCACUUUGUCAACCCGCAGGCUGGAGCAGAGUUCGGCACACCGGUUGCACUGCCUGAAAAGUUCCUGGAGUACUUUGUCACCGACCGGUAUGCAUGGGUGGAUGGGUGCCCGGAGAUGCAGGAGGGCAUGCUGAUGACGCCGUAUGUGAACCAGCCGGAUACCGCAUCGUUCCAAAUAUUGAUCCAGAGCGGCGGUGGCGGUGUGUACGUGCGCUCGCUGGUCCACGACAUAGGCGAGCGGCUCGGCAGCGCAGCUACCAUGACGUCGCUGCUACGGACUUCGCAGGGCCCCUUGCGCCUUGACCGGGACACGAUCGAGGUCGAGGAUCUGGUAUACGUAGACCGGGUACGCGAUGCAAUUGCACACGCUGAAAAUGUCAUCCGAGCAGUCGGUGCAGAGAGGAGCUUAGACGUGUAUUUCGAGUAGCCUGGUAUAUCCAACUAAAAAUGUUACUUUGCGCCAAUCUUUUUGGAGAACUCGCGGAGGAUGGCAAGGGUCUCGACAUCCUUGUCGUAGAUGCUGUACCAUCCAGGCGGCUCGUGUGGUGGGUCGCCAACCCAGCUGAUCUCGGUCGUAGGCUUCGUCGGCGGACGAGCCAUGCCCGCAUAUGCCCAGAAUGCCGCGCCAACGAAUUGCUUGUCUGCAACACGGGC